AUGUCGUUGAAAAAGAACAUUUUCACUCCAUUGAAAUUAAAUAUACUUGAAAUACCAUUAAAUUCAAAACCAAAUCCUUUAAUACAUUUUACUCCAGAUCAGUUAAAAUCACUACCGUGGAAAGAUUAUUUAUAUUUAAAUGAGAUACCGUAUGGCUCAAAUGAAGAGAGGGAAAUAAUAUGUUAUAAUGUGAUAAAUUUGAUUUACGAUGAAAUAUUGAAUUCUCCAAGUUUAGCAGAUGGGUUAUUUAAUGGUUUAAAAGAUGAAACCAUGAAGAAAUAUGUGAUUGAAGCAUUGACUGAAAAGUUCAAGGGCGAUAAAAUUAAACUAUCAAUUUUUCAAUUUAUUUCUAGACCAAAUGAUAUUGAAACUCGAGAUUUAUUUUUUGAAAUAUUUAAACAAAUUAUAUGGAUGAAUGAAACUAAUGAAACGAGAUGUGAUUUAUUAUUUAAUUAUUUUGAGAAAAUAUGUAAAACAAGUUAUGUCAAUUCAGAAUUGUAUGUGAUUUUAGCCAACGAAUUUAACGAAUUGCUCAAAAUUUCCAAAAAGAAACAAAACCAGCUUUUUGUUUACAUGCUAAAUCUCAAUUUGAAAGUAUAUCCACCUAAAUUAUAUAAAGAAUUUUACAAAUCAGUAAAUGCAAAUAGUUUUGGAUUUUCGAAAAAUCAUAUAUAUGUCAAUUCAAAACUGAAACUCAGUAUAAUUCAAAAAAACAGGAUAACUAGGUUUUAUUCUUUUGUUGAGUUCAAUAAGUUGAUAUACAAUAGUCAAGAGCCUUACAAGGCAAUGUUUUUGUUAAAUUGUAUGGUUGAAAAAUUUGAAUUAUUAUGUCAGAAAUCAACCAGCAAAUCUAAAAUUAAUCAAAGUUUAUCAUUAAUUAUAAAAUCUGUUUUGAAAUUAGUUUUAAAAUAUCAUGGAUCAGAAAAUGGAACUCAAAUUUUAAAAUAUAUGAUUAAAGAAAAUUUUUCAAUUGAUUUUGAAGUUUAUGCAAUAUUAUUGUCUAGUUUACGUAAGGAAGGAAAUAAUGAACAAUUCAUAUCAGUGCUAAAUAAUCUAGAUUUAAAGUCAAUUACUCAUGAACAAAAAAUGUUUUUAAGUAAUGAAAUAUUAUUAUUAAUUAAAAAUAAAUUUCCAACCUCACCUAAAGUUUUCAUUGGAUAUAUUGGUGCUUUAUUUAAUGAUGGCCUAGAAAUAUUAAAUGAAUUACGACUUUUGAAUUUACCAUCAUCUGAUAAAAUUACUCAUUAUGAUAAUAUACAAUUAGCAAAUAUUGAUUCAAAUUUAACAGUACCACAUUUAGAUUCAUUUGGAAUAUCAAACAUGUAUGAAGUUAUUUUUAAUUCAAUGGAAGAAAUAGACAUUAAUACGAUGGAUAUGUUGUUUCAGCAUUUUUUGAAAUAUCAAUUAGAGGCCAACUUAAAAUCAGAUGUAAUAAUACAGUUAUUCAUAGACAAGUUAUUGAUGAUCAAUAAGUCAAAGUUCAUAUUCAAUUCCUCCGUACAAAACUUUGAAUUUGCAAAGAAAAUAUUCAAUUCCUUAUUACAUUCACAUCUUAAUUCAAAAGCAUUUGGCUCACUAGUUUGGGUAUCACUAACUCAUCAUGAUGAUUUAACCAUUGCAAUGAAAAUAGUUAAAUAUUUAUACGAUAACAAUCAACCACUUCAUUUUAUUCAUUUGUACCCAUUGAUAAAUUAUCAUCAUAGACAUAACAAUCGAGAACUUGCCAAAUUUUGGUUUAAUCAAUUAAUCAAAUCAGGAGAAUAUUUCAAUUCUUCACAUGCACAGGCUCUACACAAAAUUUCAAAAGAGUUGGGUUAUAAUUUUAAUAAAUUUAAGUAUAAUUAUAAUUUAAAGAUGAAGAAACAAAAUGAUAAACAAGCAAUUUUAAACUUAUCAUCAUUCAAUCCAGCAUCAUUGAAAAAUAGCGACAAUCAAAUUGAUGAAAUUACAAAAGAGAUAAUAAAUUAAUAGAUGCAAUAAGAUUUUUUGUAGAAUUUUUUAAUGAAAUUUAUUUUAACGACACACAAUUGGUAGCGAUUUGUUUCAGAUUUUUAUUUUUGUUGUAUUUUAUUUUAUUAUUAAUUUAGCCGCAUUAGGCAAUUUCAAAACAAGAUGAACUUAUAAAAUUUGAAUUCUAUUAAUUUUAUCGUGAUCUUCAAUGAAUGAAUUACCAAUGAGUUCGCCUAUCAGUAAUGGUAGAACUACGUAUUAUAGAAAUAGUACACCCAAGAAACAAGCUUCGCUGAUACUACUGCUGCUGCAUACAACAUUAAAUUCCGAGCAUAAUAUUGAUUCAACAAAAUCAUUCCAUGAAAUUGCUCUCCAUAUUAAUAAUACAUUGGAAGAGCUAGAUAAGAUAUACAACAUAAUUGGAUACUCAAACUCAGAAACAUUAUCUAAAAAGAAUGAAAUUUUCAAUAUUAUUCAAGAUACAAUUGUUAAUUUUUCAACUAAUUUAAAUAGAGAACGAAAUAAUAUCGAGAAUGAAUGUGAGUGGCUAAGACAACAGAUUCAGAUAAUAUUAUCAAUGAUUAAUGAUAUUAAAGGAGACAAAAAUUUAAAUUUGAUUGAAAAGGGAUUAGUUUUUAAAAAUCAAUCACUUUAUGAGGAUGGAUAUAAAGAACAAAUAUUGACUAGGAUGACAAAUCAAUUACAAGGAGAGUGUGGAGAUUACGACAUACACAUAGAUAAAGAUUUAUCAAUUGAAAGACAGUAUGAGUAUUUAAUGAACAAUAUACCUGUGUUAUCAUUAUUACAACAACGAAACAAAUUAAAUUUAAUUUUCCUACAAGUUUUAAAAUCAUUUAUAAAGAUGUUUAAACAGUUGAAUUAUGUCAAUUUGCAAUAUAUUGAAUUAAUUGAAGUUAUAGGGUAUGAUAAUUCAUUAGAUCCAAAAUUAAAUAUGCUCCCUGCGAAACCAGAUGCCAUAUAUCAUCAAGAAAUUAUUAAAGAAUUUGAAUCAGUAACAAAAACAAUUAAAUCUUCUAACCACUCCUAUAUUUUAGCUAGUCCAAUAAAAAAUGUAUCACCAAAAAGAAAUCAAGCUGUUGAUCUAGAUGAAAAUUUUAUACAAUUACGAGAUUUAAAUUAUCAAUUAAUUAAAAUUAUACGAGGGUUGAAGAUAACUAAAAUUACACCAGAGUUUUUAUUACAUGUUAAUAGUGAAUUGGAAAAGGGUAAAAGUAUAACUGAGAAGAGAAAACAACAAGUUUUAAAAAUCUUGGAAAAUUGUUUCGAAUUUAUAAGUUUAUUAAAUUUAAAUAAUGAUCAAAUUUUGGAAUUACAAAAAUCUAAUAGUCAAGAAGAAGCUAUAUUAGAUCUUGAAACUUUAGAAGCCAUAAGGAACGAACCACAUCAAUUCGGUUUGAAUGACGAUCAUAUAAAUUUUCUUCAGGUAUUUCAAAAUUUGUUAAAGACUACAUAUGAGGAUAAAAAAGCUAAAUGGCAUGAAUUAUACAAUACAUGUACUUUAUUAUGGAAAAAAUUAGGUGAAAAUAGUGAAUAUAUUGAAAAUUUCCUAACUCGAAAUAAUUCAAUUUCAGAUUUAUCAAUACUAAAUUUCAAAAUGGAAUUGAAUAAAUUAUAUAUUAGACGUUCUGAAUUUAUUGAAAGUUUUAUAAACGAUGCAAGAAUUGAAAUUGAAAAGUUAUGGGAUAGAAUGUAUUAUUCAAUUGAAAUGAGACAAGAUUUUGAAUUUUUUAAUUAUAAUCCUGAAAAUGAUGAUGAUGAAACAAAUAAGGAAGUAGUUUUAAACAAACAUGAAUUGGAAUUAAAGAGAUUAAAAGAAGAAUUUAAUGAAAAGAAACCAGUAUUUGAAUUGUAUAACGAAUUGAAUGACUUAUUAAAAGAUCAGCAAUUUUUAAUUGAAAGUUCAAAAGAUUCAUCAAGAUUACUUAGUAAGAAUUCAUGUAAAAUACUACUUAAUGAAGAAAAAAUCAGGAAAAAGAUCAAUAAGAAUUUACCCAAAACUAUUGAAAAUUUGAAAAAUGAAGUGACGAAAUAUAAUAACCUAGCACUUUCAAAAAAUCAAAAAAAGUUAACUAUAAAUGGUGAAGAUUUCUUUGAGAAGGUAUGCUUUAUGUCAAGUGAACUUCAUAAAGUGAAAAAUAUUAGUUCAUCAAAAGUUAGAGCUGAUGUAAAAUCACCAAAUAAACUAAGGUUUACCAGACCAACAUCGUCACCAGAAAGAAAAUCUCCAACUAAAUCAUUUUCAAGGAUUCAAAAAGAAGCUAAUAUAAAAAAAGUUAUCCCGAAACGACAAACUAUACCGUCAUCCAAAUUCAAUUCAUCAAUUUCAAUUCAUGAAAGUCCCAUACAAGCUUCAAGAAUGAAUUCAUUUCGAAAUAAACCACCAGAAGUUUUAUUACAACCUUUAAACUCACCUUUAAAACCUUUAAAUCAUGAUAAACCACUAUUUCAAAAUUCAAAACAGCAUACACAAAAUUCAUUUGAUAAAGAAAAUAUGGAUUCGUCACUAUUUGAUUUAUCACCUAUUAAAUUGUCUAAAUUUCAAGAUGAAGUAAGUAAUGUCGAUACUUCAACUUUAAUAGGUGAUGAUUAUUUAAAUUGGAGAGAUGAAAAAAUUAAACAAUUAAAUAAUUAA